UCGCCGCCCGGAAACCAGAAGAAGAAGAAGAAGAAGAAGGCCAUCAGCGAGAGGGAAAACUCAAAACAGAAGUCACGGCGUUCGUUGAAAUUUGGUUUAACGUAAACAGCUGUGAAGUGGACAACAGGCUUUAAAGACGGUAUACAGAAAUGCAGAGAGCAUCCCGUUUGAAGCGUGAACUGCAGAUGCUGAGCACCGAGCCACCUCCCGGAAUAACAUGCUGGCAGACGGAGGAGCGGAUAGAUGACCUCCGAGCACAGAUAGUGGGUGGAUCAGGAACUCCUUAUGAAUGUGGCCUCUUCUCCUUGGAGAUCAAGGUCCCUGAGAGGUACCCAUUUGAGCCUCCCAAAAUACGAUUCUUGACCCCCAUCUACCAUCCAAACAUUGACAACUCAGGACGUAUCUGCCACGAUGCCCUCAAACUCCCGCCAAAGGGUGCCUGGAAGCCAUCACUAAACAUCUCCACAGUUCUCUCCUCCAUUCAGCUGCUCAUGGCUGAGCCCAAUCCAGAUGAUCCACUCAUGGCUGAUAUAUCGUCAGAGUUUAAAUACAACAAACAGCUGUUCAUGGAGAAGGCCAGGAAGUGGACACAGGAACAUGCUGUUCAGAAAAACACGGGAGUCAUGGAGGACAACAAAGAAAAUACUCCAGAUCAGAAAGCUUCAUCCCGCAAAAGAGAGGCGCUCAGUGCACAACAGGAGGCAGAGGAGCCAGCAAAGAAAACCUGUGUGUAGUUUCCACCUCACUUGUUAGAGCCACCAUUUCUCCUCUCUUCUUCUAAGGAGUGUAUUCAAAUUUAAAUUUAGUGCUAAUGCCUACUUCCAUUUCCCAUGUAUGCAUUCAUCUUCUUCAGAAAUAUCUACAUAUUUUAAAAAUGUUUAUAUGUAAAUGUUAGUUUGUGUUGUUAUAUUAAAGUUUAUUUUGAAAACUA